GUCUGAACGCAGAUGAUCAAACACUGCGGCGCAGACACAAGAAGCUCCACUAUCCUAUAACACGGAGAGCGUUGCAGACAGUGUCACUACCAAAGAAGAUGUCGUCCACGGCGCGGCUCGCAAGGGCAUGCCAAUAUGUCCUUGUGUCUCUACGCGGACUUAGCGAUUGUUGUAAUGGGUCGGAAGCCAAUCGGGUGCCUGCACAUGCUGCACUCAACGUCUUGGGAUAUGAUGUGUCUACCAUUUAUCUCCGACUACACACGGAUCUUGACAUUUGCUGGCAGGGGUCCGGAUUGAAUAUUCUUCGAUCCACAUGCCAAGAAAGUAGGAGUCGCUAAUCUCCUUGCAGUGCUCAGACCCUUACUCGGCAUGGCUACACCUUUCGACGCGCUGGCUAUGGCUAUCGCACACAAAGACUGGCCCAGGGAGCUCAGAGUCAGUUCUUGCGGCAAGAUAAAUGUCCCACACCCUGCAACAACAAGCGGGGAGACCAUAGGUUGUGGUUCUGCAAUUACAUGGCACUGGUACUACCAGGAGGCGAAAUCCCUGCGGGGAAAGGAGAUUAUUUAUGGGAGCGGGGAGAGUGCUGCGCAGAGACUCAGGGAGGCAAUGGGCCCUGGCCAUAAUAUGUCGUGGAAUCAAGAACCUUCGCCAUCUUGGAAUGCCUUGAGUCCACGCUACAAGGAUGCGUACAGCUCGAUAGAAACGAUUGAAAAGAGAAAAAGGGAGAACGGGUGCUCAUUCAUCCCCGGUGUCAACGAAUCGAGCAAAAUCGGAAGAAGAUCAGGAAGGUCUGUGAGGACAAGGAAGAACGGAACAAGGAGAUUGACAUCGACACGACUGUCUCAAGCCACGACUUAAGCUAUGUGUGGCUUUGUGCCAACUCAUGUAUCAGGGGUGGCCGGGUCGAAUUCUCGAACGGAAAGCUAGACCUCCAAUAUCCUCGGUUAUUGCUGCGCGAUGCAUGAACUCGUCCUACUAUCAAUGACAGACUGGAAUUGGAAAGAUGCGACAUCACCUAGCUCCGUUUCCUGGCGGACUUCGAUGCGGUGAAUGUUAGAAGCGGCAUAUUCGCAAUCUUGAAGCAAACCUUGUGGGAAGGAAACGCCAAAAGCGAAAACGCGUACAAUACCUAUGGAACAAUACUCGAAUACAGGCGCGCGAGAGAGACUGAAGCCAUCCAGAAGCCAUCGAUUAGGCUACAGCAACAUCCUGAGGUAGGGG